CCGCACCCCCGGUCGCCCCCCGAGCACGGCUGGAACGGCGCCGCGAGGCGCUAAGGCUUUGCGGCUGGGCCCGUCAGGGAACGGCUCGCUUCCGCGGGGCGUCCCGUGCGGCUGAGCGCUGCAGCGGUGGGGGGAGGGCGGAAGAGAGCGGAGCUGGGGCUUCUGCCGCACACAGCAUGGCGGCCAUUCCUCUCUCUGCGUGCCCCGUCGGCGGGAGGCGGUGAGGGGGGGGCCGGGGCGGUCCUGGGGAGCAGAGUAGAGCCGGGCCGAGCCGGGCCGCUGUUGGUACGGCAGCGCGGGCUGAGGCGCGGUGAGGAGCCGUGAGCUGCGGUCCGUGCCCGCUGUGUGCUUCGGCCCAGCCCUCAGCAGCAGCCCCGCUGCCCCCUCUGCUCCCCGGUGCCCGCCGACCUCAGCCGCUCCCCGGCGGCUGCUGGGCCAGCCGCGGCACCUGGGGCCCUUCCCGGCACAGGGCUGCGUGUACGGGCGCGGCUGAAAAUGCAAUACUGAGUCAAACCUGCAGCAAUGGGUAGAACUUACUUUGUUGAGGAAGCCAUUGGGCAGUAUCUUUCAGACCUCAGCACGAAAUUUAAACCUUAUGUCACUGGCCUGUUAAUAGGGCAGUGUUCAUCACAAAGAGACUACGUUAUUCGGGCUGUUCGAACACCUCCAAAGGAAGAGCAGAAGGAAGGCAACACCAGCCCUUCAAAACUGGAGUCCAUUGAUGAAGAAUGGAUCACCGCACAUGCAAGUCAGGUUUCUAGAAUGCUUCCUGGAGGUUUAUUAGUUCUUGGUGUAUUUAUUAUUGCAACUCCAGAACUGUCAAAAGACAGUCAAAAUGCUUUGCGCAAGAUAAUCUUCUCAAUAGAAAAGUCUUUGACUAAAAGAAGGCUCUGGAAACCUGCUGAGGAGGAAGUCUCAGACAGAGCAGCCCUUCAAGUUUGUUCUGCUACAAAGAAAAUAGUUUGCCGAACCUACGAUGUACAAGAUCCAAAGAGUUCAGCUAAACCAGCAGAUUGGAAAUAUCAGAGUGCUCUGUCUGCUUCCUGGUUGUCUUUGGACUGCACAGUAAAUGUUAAUAUCCACAUUCCACUUCUUGCUACUUCACCCAACCAUGACUUGGAGAAGAAUACCAAGAAUGGAUUACAUCGAUGGUCAAAACAGAUAGAGGACAGCGUUUUCCUGAUCAAUGGACAAGUUAAAGAUGAUGAUACAGAGCUGCUGGAAGGACAGAAAAAGUUAAGAGGAAAUACUCAAUACAGCACUCAGAUUUCUGACAUCAAGGUUCUGACACAGCUGUCCCAGGGUUCAAGUCAUAGAUCAACGGCAACAGUCCAAGUCUGCAGUGGUUCCAUAAAUCUCAAAGGUGCUGUGAAAUGCAGAGCCUACGUGCAUAACAACAAACCAAAAGUUAAAGAAGCUGUUCAGGCUUUGAAAAGAGACAUAAUAAACACAUUGAAUGAUCGUUGUGAAAUACUGUUUGAGGAUCUCGUUAUAAAUGAAGGACCUCACAAAAAAAAUUUUGAGAGGGUAUAUCAUGUCUUACCUCAGAGACUAUUUGUCCCUUUUGCUGGAUCCAGUGUGAUGCUCAGUGAUUAUAAGUUCGGUGAUGAGGCUGCUGUAGAAAUUCAGGAACGUUUUGUUGAGAUGUUGGACCAAUCUGUGCAAGAUGAAGAUAUCCAUAUAGCAGAAGAACUUAACACAGUUGAUAUUUGUCCAGUUAUUGAAAACACAGAUGACACACAACAGAAACAACUGACAAAAGCAACGUUGCUGAUGAAACUGCAACAAAAUAUGGGUGUGGUAAUAGCAGCUGCUGUUGCAGUCUUUGCAUCAAUCUUCUCUUUCAAUUACUUCAGCGACUGAAAUCAAGAAAAAGAAGCCUCAUUGACAUAUUGAUCAGUAAUCACACUUACACAAGACUGAAACGUCUGAGUUUAAUACAUUAGUAACUGAGAAUUGUUACUUAAAUGACACCAGUUAGAUGUGCAAUAUAAAUUCUAAUGAUACAUUCAGCUACCUUGUUCCAGCACAUAGUUACUAUAUCAGGUAGCCAGUGAAUCAAGUUAUUAAGAAGCUAGCUCUGCUACUGUGUAUAAAUUAAUUAAUAGUAGUGUGCUCUAGAAAGAGCCCCUAAACCAAUACAGAACCUCAAUUUUUCUCCGACUUGCUAUUUUAAUGUAAAAUACUCCUGCUGGUGUUUUUCAGGCUAUUGGUAAUACUAGCAGAGUUUCCCAGUAUGGGAAUUCUUGCUUUAGAGGUUCCAUUGUUGAGAGAAAUCUUAUCUCAUUAAACUUAAUUAGGGAAAAACUAGGUUUUAUGAAGCCAACAUCUCACCACAUGCAUUUUUAGGUAAUAUUAGUUAACUGUCUUACUAGGUGUACAAAUAGUUUCUGGUAGACCAAUUCAGACUGUAAAUACCUUAGUUUAAGACCCAGAGAACUCAGAAAUCAGUAAAAUAUAUUGAACUUCUGGGAUAUAGAUAUGCUGUCUCUUACUUCCUGACUUCUGAUGACAAUUUCUCUGUCCAGCCCUGAUUCAGUCAUCUUUCUCUUAAAAUGUUAACUAUUUCAGCAACAGCUUUCAUCUAGGUAGCUCUAAUUAUCUUUUAGAUAACUAAGUUGUCAAAAUUUGUUUGCUAAUCAUGAUUUAUAGAAUAUAAGGAGAUAAUUUUUCAUUAUAAGAUAUUCUCCUGGGUAUGUUAAGCGAUAACAUUAUUGUAAACUUACCAUUAGAAAAGCAGGAGGAAGGAAAAACUCUAGUGAAAUUAGUAAAGGCAAUGCCUAUAUAAAAUAUGAUGUUUGUUUGGAUCUGAAUUACAAUAGAAUAGAAUUCCAGAUUUUAGGGCAUUUUAAUACCACUGCAAAUUUCUUUUUAGUGUAAAGGUUCUGGAGCACUAUGGAAAAUAAACACUUAGGUUCUAAAGCAUAAUAAAGUAUGUAUUGAUACCUUUAAUAAAAGGCAACAAUGAAAAGGAUGCAUUUUAAA